UUUGGGAAGAGAUCGGCCAAGAAUUUCCGCAAAUUCCUCAUCAAUUUGGCCGUCUCUGACAUAUUGGUCGGCGUAUUCUCAGUGCCGUUCACUUACACGGACUUCAUGUUAGGUCGUUGGAUAUUCCCCUUCUGGUUAUGCCCUUUCGCUCAGUUCGUUCAGAUCCUAUCCGUUUUUGUCACCGCAUUUACCCUAACUAUUAUUGGCAUUGAAAGGUAAGGUGUUUUACGGAAAAGUGGUGGCACUCAGUCUCUCUCGUCAC